AUGGAGAAACAGGACGCGGAGGCAGAGGAAGUGCGGCAGGUUGCUGACAGCGAGUUGGGUUUCCAGCAGGGGGCGCUGUCGAGGCCGGCGCAAGCAAAGACCUACCUCUUCAUCAACUCCGACAAAAUGGUUGUGGGCUGCCUGGUCGCGGAACCAAUCAGAAAUGGUACCAAGGGUUGGUUUGUGUGGCUGUCACGUGACCCCUGUUGUUGUGCGUCGCGUGACCCUGUUGUGCGUCGCGUGACCCCUGUUGUUGUUGUGCGUCAGGCUUUCAGAGUGCUGCUGCAGCCUGACCAGGAGAAGGACAUGCGGCGGGACGACUUCAUGGAGCGCCACAGGGCGUGGUGCUGCUCCACGGUCCCGGAGCACGCCGUGUGUGGCAUCAGCCGCAUCUGGGUGUUCAGCUUAGCCCGACGCCACGCCAUCGCCACACGCAUGAUGGACACGCUCAGGAGCACCUUCAUUUAUGGCAGUCAUUUGACUAAAGAAGAGAUCGCGUUCUCGGACCCGACCCCAGACGGGAAACUGUUUGCCACAAAGUACACCGACACCUCGGCCUUCCUCGUUUAUAACUUCAUUUCAUAA